AUGGGAUACGUUUCGUUCUCGGAAUUACAAACAUGCCAAUUAUUCGAGCGUCGAAGGGACGAGAGUUUCAAUUCGAUCACCGAUCUCAACGGUAGUGGAGAGUCAAGCAUUCUCGAUGCGAUAUGUCUCGUCAAUUCGAUCACCGGUCUUAACGGAAGUGGAAAGUCAAACAUCCUCGAUGUAAUCUUUUUCGCCCUCGGAAUUACAAACAUGCCGACGGUUCGAGCGCACAGGGGACGAGGGCAGGGACUGCAGCGACGAUGCAUUGUAGCACCCGAGGACGAGUAUGACAUGGCAGAGGAGGCGGGCGCGUAUCUUCAACUCGUGCGGAGUUUCGUUCUAGGAAUUACAAACAUGUCAACGUUCGAGCGCAAAAUCUACAGAGAUGUGAUUGUCGUUCUUCUGCAACGCUUUCGGCGGUCGGGGCCGCGAUGGAAUCUUGUGUCGGAUUGA